AUGCGGUCCUUCAUCUUCUCAUUUUUGUUUACGGUGUUGUUGCUAGGCACUGUGGCCUCGGCCUGGCCGUGGGGUUCCCAUGGGGAAGUCGUCGUUCGUGAUGCACUUUUAGACAGGCGCGCAGAAUCAACCACGACCGAAACUGGAACCACUGACACCGCAACUACCUCUACGGGCACCUCAGCCUCCGGUACUACCGAUACAACAACCACCGAUACAGCGACUACCGACACUGCAACUACGGGCAAGUCCACCGACACGAAAACAGACACCAAGACGAAGACGAAUACAAAGUCCACCACCUCCACCUCGAUCUCUAUCGACCCUGCUGCCGCUGCGGGAGGUAUCUCGAUGCUCACCCCGUCUGCGUUAUCGACCACGUACUACAAGAUCGGACAGGAUAUCACCUUUGUGUGGAACUACACUUCGCUCAGUGUGACUCCCACUGCCGUCGACGUCGUUGCCUCCUGCAGUGCCAACGCCCAGGUCUACACCCUCACCUCAAACAUGAGUGCCAAGGCCACCGGAACCUACAUCUGGGAUACCGGAAAAUACCAGUCGUCUGCCACUAUCCCAUUAUUGACGGCUACUUACACACUUUUCGUCUAUGAUGCGAGCAAAGCCCUCACCGACACCGCCAGUGCUGGCUACCUGAGUUCUAAUCAGGGUUACAGCUUUGGCAUGUACAGUCCCCAGCCUUACACUCCUCUGGGUGAAUUCAAAUGUGCCACCUGCAGCGGCUCCAUCUCCGACAUCCAACGCCAAGGCAUCAAAUUCGCACUCGGCAUGGCCUUUAUCACACUUGCCUCCUUCACAUGGUUCGUCGGUGGCCUAGGAAUCUUCUCCUGA